AUGGUCAGUGAGGCAUUCUCAAAGAUGGAAGUUGGCCUACCUUAUGAUGAUAUCCGUAAGAAAAAAUCAAGCCUUAUGGUGCACAAAGAAGGAGUUGCUAAGAGUGUAUACUGGGACAAGGCAUCAACCUGGAAGCUUGAUGUAUAUGGACAAGGAAGAACGAGUCUCAACGAGUCAAGCACCACAGAGUCAGAACCCUAUUCACAAAACGAAGAGAAGAAAGCAGGUAAUUCAGAUGACGUGCUGGUGCAGUAUGUGGUGUUAAGGAGAGACUUAAUAGACCUAUGGCCGAUGGGGAGCGUGGUGACACAGGGAUGCCAUGCCUCUGUUUUUUCUAUUUGUUCACAUAAGGUGGAUCCUCAUACUCUUCAGUAUUGUAGCUCUGAAAAUAUUGAUUCUAUGCAUGAG